AUGACCAUUGAAUCAGAAACCCAAUACUCCUUCGGUACUAAAGCUGUCCACGCUGGUGCUCCAAUUGAUCCAACUACUGGUGCAGUCAUUGAACCAAUUUCCCUUUCUACUACUUUUGGUCAAUCUGAACCAUCUAAACCUUUAGGUAUCUAUGAAUACUCCAGAUCUGCCAACCCAAAUAGAGAUAACUUUGAAACAGCAGUCGCUGCUUUAGAACAAGCUAGAUAUGCUAUUGCUUUAUCUUCUGGUUCUGCCACAACCGCCUUGAUUGUUCAAUCAUUACCUGUUAACUCACACAUCAUUUCAAGUGGUGACGUCUAUGGUGGUACCUACAGAUACUUCACUAAGGUUGCUAAUACUCAUGGUGUUGAAGCCACUUUUGUUGGUGAUUUAGUCUCCGAUUUAGCUGGUGCUUUAAGAGAAAACACCAAAUUAGUUUGGUUAGAAACUCCUUCCAACCCAACCUUACAAGUUACUGACAUUGCUAAGGUUGCUCAAAUCUUAAAAGAUCACGAAGUUGCUACUGGUAACAAAGUUUUAUUAGCCGUUGACAAUACUUUCCUUUCCCCAUAUGUUUCCAACCCAUUAACUCAUGGUGCUGAUGUCGUUGUUCAUUCUGUUACUAAAUAUAUCAAUGGUCACUCAGAUGUUGUCAUGGGUGUCUUAGCAACCAACAACUCCGAUUUACACGAACAAUUCAGAUUCUUACAAAAUGCCAUCGGUUCUAUCCCAUCUCCAUUUGAUUCUUGGUUGGCUCAUAGAGGUUUAAAGACCUUACACUUGAGAUUAAGACAAGCCUCCAGUUCUGCACAAAAGAUUGCCGAAUAUUUAUCGCAUCAUCCUUCUGUCUUGAAGGUUAACUACCCUGGCUUAAAGGCACACAGAAACCAUGAUGUUGUAUUGCGUCAACACAGAGACGGUUUAGGUGGUGGUAUGAUCUCCUUUAGAAUCAAAGGUGGUGCUAAAGGUGCUUCUGUCUUCACAUCUGCUACCAAGUUGUUCACUUUGGCUGAAUCUUUAGGAGGUAUUGAAUCCUUGAUUGAAGUCCCAGCUAUCAUGACCCAUGGAGGUAUUCCAAAGGAAGAAAGAGAAGCUAACGGUGUCUACGAUGACUUGGUUAGAGUUUCUGUUGGUAUUGAAGAUUCUGAUGACUUGUUAAAAGAUAUUGAACAAGCUUUGAAGAAGGCUGCUUCCGUUUAG